UUCCGAAUGUCUUAGCAUGGUCAGGCCUCCCGCCCUGGGCCUGGGAGACACCCCCGGAGCUCCCGGUCCGCGUUCGGUGCUGGGGAGGGUGGCGCCGGGUGUGGCUGCUCCGGAGGUGAGGCCCUCCUUCCCUGAAGGGGCUGGAGGCGGUGCGGCAAGUCUCCCGGGCCUGCCGGGAAGAGAGGCCUGGGCCUCGGGCUUCACACGGAGCCUGUGUGGUGGUAAAGGGGCCGCCGGCUCCUCCGUUCCCCUGAUGGCGCGGGAGUGGGAGUGGAAGCCGGGGGUUCUGUAGGCACUGGCGAGCCUUUUGCUAGAAGAUUUGGUGGCCAGGAGAAAGUUAGGGCGUCUGGGUCCAGCUCUUCAGAUAUCUGUGCACAGACUGUCUGCUCUCAGAUCAUGGCCCUCCACCCUCGCAGAGUUCGGCUGAAGCCCUGGCUGGUGGCCCAGGUGGACAGUGGCCUCUACCCUGGCCUCAUUUGGCUACACAGAGACUCCAAACGCUUCCAGAUCCCCUGGAAACAUGCCACAAGGCACAGCCCCCAACAAGAGGAAGAAAACACCAUUUUUAAGGCUUGGGCUGUGGAGACCGGGAAGUACCAGGAAGGGGUGGAUGACCCUGAUCCAGCUAAAUGGAAGGCUCAGCUCCGCUGUGCUCUCAACAAGAGCAGGGAAUUCAACCUGAUGUACGAUGGUACCAAGGAAGUACCCAUGAACCCGGUGAAGAUCUAUCAAGUUUGUGACAUCCCCCAGCCCCAGGGCUCGAUCAUUAACCCAGGAUCCACAGGGUCUGCUCCCUGGGAUGAGAAAGAUGAUGUGGACGAAGAUGACGAAGAGGAUGAACUCGAUCAGUCGCAGCACCACGUCCCCAUCCAGGACACCUUCCCCUUCCUGAACAUCAAUGGCUCUCCCAUGGCACCUGCCAGUGUGGGCAACUGCAGUGUGGGCAACUGCAGCCCUGAAGCAGUGUGGCCCAAAACGGAGCCCCUGGAGAUGGAGGUGCCACAGGCACCCAUUCAGCCCUUCUACAGCUCUCCGGAGCUGUGGAUCAGCUCUCUCCCAAUGACUGACUUGGACAUCAAGUUUCAGUACCGUGGGAAGGAGUAUGGGCAGACCAUGACAGUGAGCAAUCCCCAGGGCUGCCGGCUCUUCUAUGGGGACCUGGGGCCCAUGCCUGACCAGGAGGAGCUCUUCGGUCCUGUCAGCCUGGAGCAGGUCAAGUUCCCGGGGCCAGAGCAUGUCACCAAUGAGAAGCAGAGGCUGUUCACCAGCAAGCUGCUGGACGUCAUGGACAGAGGACUGAUCCUGGAGGUCAGCGGGCAUGCCAUUUACGCCAUAAGGCUGUGCCAGUGCAAGGUAUACUGGUCAGGGCCGUGUGCCCCAUCUCUUGCUGCUCCCAACCUGAUUGAGAGACAGAAGAAGGUCAAGCUGUUCUGUCUGGAGACAUUUCUGAGUGAGCUCAUUGCCCACCAGAAAGGGCAGGUAGAGAAGCAGCCCCCUUUUGAGAUCUACCUGUGCUUCGGGGAAGAGUGGCCGGAUGGGAAGCCCCCGGAGAGGAAGCUCAUUCUGGUUCAGGUCAUCCCGGUAGUGGCUCGGAUGAUCUACGAGAUGUUUUCUGGUGAUUUCACACGAUCCUUUGACAGUGGCAGUGUCCGCCUGCAGAUCUCCACUCCAGACAUCAAAGACAACAUCGUCGCUCAGCUCAAGCAGUUAUAUCGAAUCCUUCAAACCCAGGAGAGCUGGCAGCCCAUGCAGCCCACCCCCAACAUGCAGUUGCCCCCUGCACUGCCCGCCCAGUGAUCGUGACUGCCAUCUGUGUCCUCCUUCUCUCUCUUUUUUAUAUUGUACAUAAGGAUUUUUUUUAUUAUUCGGAUUCAACCAACUUUUAAAUCUUUCCCUCUAACAUUAGAAGUCCAUGGCUCUCCAAAUAUGCCUAGUUUUAAAAGUUGAUUUAUCGAGAAAUCAUCCUUCAGGAGAUUUCCUUUUCUUUUGAAACCUUCCAUGGUAGUAUGGUGUAGGAGAGAUCUGUUCUGGGAGUUUGGACACCGGGAUUCUAGCUGCAGAGUUACUUCCAAGGUGACCCUAAACAGGCCACUUAACAUCUGGGCUUCAGAUGUAUCACUUGUAAAUAAAUAAGGUUUGGAAUGAUGCCUAAAAUUGCAUUUAGCUAUAAAACUCUGGCUUAGUUACUUUCCUGUACUUGCAUAAGACAACUGCCUGGAACAGGACCUUCUGCCUUUUGUUCUUAGACCUUCUUUGGUUUUGUUUUCUUGCUUUCAUCAAAGUUCCCUCAAGCACUGAUCUGUCCAGGAUUGAGCUCUGACCUGUUCUGCUAGUAGAGUAAGCUGGCUCCCUGUUGGGGGAAGAGAAGUGCUAACUGGUUGCUUAGGAACCAAAUAGAAAUGAGUGCCAAAGUCUGAAAGUCAUCUGGCCUGUGGAGUGAAGGCUCAUAAACUGAGUGUGGAAGGUGAACUGGUGGCACAGAAGCCCAGGGAUUCUGUGCAAGAAUGGCUGUCAGGUGUUUACCUUGUCACCACUCACAUGCUGCCGUGUGUGUGUGUGUGUGUGUGUGUGUGUCUCAGACAGGCACACAUGACUCAGCAGUGGACUCAGAUGUAGGAGCUCUCUCAUUUCCUUCUCUGAAGAUGACCUGAGGGGGCUGGGCAUGGAGGAUAUAUUCUGCCUCAAAAGGGAUGUUUCUUGCUUGAAGACUUCUUUUCUUUUCUUUUUUUUUUUUUUGGUCUUUUUGAGACAGGGUCUCCCUAUAGCCCCAGCUAUCCUGGAUUCACUAUGUAGACCAGGCUGGCCUUGAACUCACGGAGAUCCCCCUGCCUCUGCCUCCCGAGUGCUGGGAUCAAAGGCCACACCUGGCUGAAGACUUCUCAGUCUUCCUAUCGUUUGGUUUUUCAGUUAGGAAAAAUGAGGUGUUGAGUGUGUUAAGGCCAGGGUGAAGGGCUGGGCGCACUCUUCUGGUAGAGGCUCAAACCUGUUCAUCUCCCUUAGCAGGGGAGGAGUCUGGCUGUGACCAAGGAAGGUGAACAGUACCCUAGAACACAGCUAUCUCUCCGUGUCUGCUUCACCUACUUCUGUUCUGCCUCUGCCCCUUGUGUCUCUAAGAUGAAAUGGUACAUAAUGUUAAUUCCACAACCAAAAGGGAAAACCAGAUACUUAUCUCUAGUCAUAGGCUAGACUGAAUACCUCAGGUCAUAGGGAGGAAGCCCGUGUGGUCUGCUACCCUUAAACCCAGAGUAGCACCUCCUACUUUUCAAGUCACUGAAAGUCUGGCUAGAUUUAUUGUAAAAAUCUGAAACCUCAACUACAAGAGUGGGCACAACUUAUUUAGAAUGUUUAAGCUUUGUUUUAAGGGUCUAUCAGGGAUUAUUAGACGUAUGGCCAGGAGAAAUCUGGGCGGCUUGGGAAGGGUGGGGAUGUGUGAAUAAGAACCAAGUCUAAUAAUAUAUAUUAUGAAAACGUCACAGUAAAGCUCUUUGUAUGCUAACUUAAAAAAAAAAAAACCUAGGUAAAAGGUGCCGAACUUCAUGUUGGGCUUUUAGAGACCAGGAAUCACAAAGACUAAGCUUUUCCAGGGUGUGGGGCAUCAUCAUUUUGUUGAAGUGUGAAAUUCAGUCAUGAUGUGUGGCUGCUCCACCUGUAUCUGGGAGC